AUGUUCAGCCCUCAAGCCCCUCCAUCACUCCAAAAGUCUGUCGACGAAACCAAAGUCGAGUAUGUCCAACUUGGAUCUUCAGGCUUGCGUAUUUCCUGGCCUAUCCUUGGGGCCAUGUCACUUGGGAAUACUGGGAUCGUCAGUUGGACCCUCACGGAAGACGACUCCGUCCAGCUUUUGAAGCGCGCCUAUGAUAUCGGCCUUAACACUUGGGAUACCGCAAACACCUACUCCAAUGGGGACAGUGAGGAGAUCAUCGGUAAGGUCCUUCGCAAGUAUGAGAUCCCCCGCCACAAGGUCGUCAUCAUGACAAAGCUGGGUUUCCACGUCGGCGAGACUCCAGACAUUAUGGGACCUCUUCACAAGGAGAGUCUUGAACGCAGCAAGGAUUAUGUGAACCAAGCAGGCCUUUCGAGAAGCGCCAUCUUCUCUCAAGUCGAGGGUUCCCUAGCCCGCCUCGGUACAAGCUAUAUCGAUGUUCUGCAGUUGCACCGCUUCGAUACCACCGUACCCCCAGAGGAAAUCAUGAAGGCGCUCCACGAUCUAGUCCAGUCUGGCAAGGUCAGGUAUAUCGGCGCCAGUUCCAUGUGGGCGACCCAGUUCGCCCAGCUCCAAUUCCUCGCCGAGAAGAACGGCUGGACCAAGUUUGUCAGCAUGCAGAACUACUAUAACCUUUGCUACCGCGAGGAGGAGCGAGAGAUGAUACGCUUCUGCAAGGAUACCGGAGUUGGUAUCAUUCCCUGGGCACCCAUGUACUCCGGCCGACUUGCUAGACCUGUCGGCUACGAUGCCUCGGCAAGGUCCAAGAUGCCUUCGAUGUUCCAUCCUGGGCAGACAGCUGCGGAUGAGGACAUCAUUGGGCGAGUCGAGAAGGUCGCAGAGAAGAAGGGGUGGAGUAUGUCCCAGGUCGCGUUGGUAUGGCACAAGGCUAAGGGAUCGGUGCCUAUUGUCGGGCUGAACUCGCUGGCCCGCGUUGAUGAGAUGGGGGAGCUAAAAGGCAAAGUCUUAACCGAAGAGGAGGUUUGCUUUCUGGAGGAGCCCUAUGUAGCCCGGGGGGUUGCUGGUCACUCAUAA